AAUGUAACUGACAGUUCCCGCCGGUGACCGCCAGACGGCGCUCGCUCCUCAGGUUUCUCCACUCUGAUUUGACUCCGAAAUCUCCUCGGGAGUUCUCAGCCGUGCAUUCUUGGGACUCGUCUGGUAAAUUAAAACUUUUCUUAAAGGAAACGGGAAGUGAACAUUUCAAAACUCUGAAAUGACUUGAAGCUGCUUAGGUUAGCGUUUCUAGUCGGCCGUAUCGACACCCCGCUGCAGGGUUGACAGGGAGAGAGGAGUUACUCGACAGUCUUCAGUCCAUUCGAGUCCCUACCUGCACACGGAGAAUGCGCGAGUGUUUGUGAGACUCGAGUGGUUUGUUUGUUUCUUUUUGUUUAUGAUAUACAGCAAUGCAGGGGGAGUAAACGGCUCAGUUAAAAUGAGAACAUGAAGAAGAACGGUCCGCUUUGGCUCAUCUUGUGGGUGACACUUGUCUGCACUCAUAUCAGCCAUGGUCCGCGUGCAGCCUGCUGCAGACUCAGAGCCUCACUGUGGGGACAUGCAGUCAGCGGUCAGGUUCCCCGUCACGAACUCCCCGCUUACAACUGCUGCGUUGGCAUGAACCCCGAACAGAUACAAACUGCAGGUCUGCGCUUCACGCAGGGUCCCGUGAACCUGACGGUAACCCACGGCAACCCGGCCAGGUUAGAGUGCUCCGUGGAGGGCGGCAGCGAGCUGGAAAUCAGCUGGGAGAAGAAUGGGAAGAAACUGUCCAGCAUCGACCAGACUGACCUAUCAGUGGAUCAGAACCACUGGAAAUCAUUAUACCACAUGAAGUCUGUCCAGCAGGCGGACGCUGGGAUGUACGUCUGUGUGUCCGAGGCUGCUGGAGUCACUGUGUCCUCCGAGCCAGCCUGGAUCACUGUGGAAGGUGUACCCCACUUUGUGACAGAACCCCAGGAUAUCGCAGUGUUGCCCGGUGUGACCUUUAACCUCAGCUGUAGGGCUGUGGGGCCCCCUGAUCCAGUGCAGCUGGUUUGGUGGCAGAAGGGGGUGCAGCUGGGGGGUCCGCACCCCUCCCCCUACACCCUGACUGUCCCAGGCUUGACGCAGAGCACUGAGUUCUACUGCGAAGCCAAGAAUCAGAAGGGGGUGUCGACGUCUCGCACCGCCACUGUCCACAUCAAGGCGCUGCCAGGCCCCCCCCAGGAGCUGCAGGUGACCCGUGUUCAAGAGGACAACGUCACCCUGUCCUGGAGACCCGGCCCUGACGGACACUCCCCGCUGAGAGACUGCACCAUCCAGUUUGCAGAGAAUUUUGGGAAGAGGGAGGAGCUGUUUGAGCGGCAGGUGUCGGUCCCGCCCCACGAGCAGACGAUUGGAGGGCUGAGGUGCUUCUCAAACUACAGCACGCGAAUCGCCUGCAGCAACGAGGUCGGCUCCUCCCCUUUCACUGACUGGGUCGACUUCGAAACACUGGAGUCGGUACCGGGAGCCGCGCCCCUCAAUUUCAGUCUGGAGGUGAUGGGGGGCUCUCUGCUGCUGAGCUGGGGGGCUCCCUCUCAGGGGGAGCUGAACGGGGUGCUGCAGGAGUACAGGGUGGAGUGGGGUCAGCCUGGAGAGGAGAAGCAGGACGCCCUGCUCCUCACACAGACCCGUGUGAACCUCUCUCUCGCGGGAGGGCAGUUCUACAAUGCCUCAUUCCGUGUGAGCGCGUGCAACUCAGCGGGCUGCGGGCCCUGGAGCCAGAUGCUGCUGGUGGGACCCCAGGAGGGUGUUUCUGUUGCAGUGACGCGCAGUCGCCUGUGGGUGCUGCUGUUCCUCGCAGUGUUGCUGGCUGCGGUGGUGCUGGGGGGGCUGGCCCUGCUGCUGCUCCUGCGCAGGAAGAAAGAGACGCAGUUCGGCGCAGUGUUUGAGCCGGUGCUCCCGGGUGCAGAGCCUGCAGUGUCCUACAGGGCGACGCGUUCCUUUAACAGGCAGGGGCCUGAGCCCAGCGACUCCACAUUGGACUGCCUGGGUAUCAGCGAUGAGCUGAAGGAGAAGCUGCAGGACGUGCUGAUCCAGGAGAGAUGGCUCUCGCUGGGGCGCCUGCUGGGCAAAGGCGAGUUUGGCUCGGUCCGCGAGGCCGAUCUGAAGAGAGAGGACGGCUCUGUGAAGAGAGUCGCUGUCAAGGUGCUCCAGUCGGAUGUGAACUCCUCCGGUGAUAUUGAGCAGUGUCUGAGGGAAGCAGCCCACAUGAAGGACUUCGAUCACCCCAACGUCAUCAAGCUCAUCGGAGUGAGUCUGCAGAGCCGUACCCCCCAGCGCCUGCCCGUUCCCAUGGUGAUCCUGCCCUUCAUGAAGCACGGAGACCUGCACCACUACCUGCUGAUGUCACGCCUGGGCGCCGCCCCCUUCACCCUCUCUCUGCCCACGCUGGUUCAGUUCAUGCUGGAUAUCGCUCGAGGGAUGGACUACCUGAGCCACAAGAACUUCAUUCACCGCGACCUCGCCGCGCGCAACUGCAUGCUGGGGGAGGAUAUGAGCGUCUGCGUGGCGGACUUCGGCCUGUCCAAGAGAAUCUACAGCGGAGACUACUACCGGCAGGGCUCUGCCUCCAAACUCCCCGUCAAGUGGAUCGGUCUGGAGAGCCUGGCUGACAACGUGUAUACGACACAGAGCGACGUGUGGUCGUUUGGUGUGACGAUGUGGGAGAUUGUGACGCUGGGACAGACCCCCUACCCCGGCGUGGAGAACUGUGAGAUCUACGAGUACCUGCUGAAGGGAAGCAGGCUCAAACAGCCCCCCGGCUGCCUGGACGAGGUCUUUGAGAUCAUGCACAGCUGCUGGAACGCCAACCCCAAGGGCCGGCCCAGCUUCCAGAGCCUGACUGGCCAGCUGGAGGAGGUGUGGGCAGGGCUAGAUUCCAAGGAGCUGCUGUAUGUGAACCUGGUGGAGGGGCGAGGGGAGGAGUCAUGUGGGGGACAAGGGGCUGGGGGCAGGGCUGAAGGUGGCAGUGUCCCAUGGCAGUAUGAGAAGGGGGAGGGAGGGGGAGCCGAGGGGCAGGGGGUGAGCUGUCUCAAGGACUCAUUGGGGGCAGCCGCUGCCACUGGGGGGGACUACCGCUACAUCAUGGACCCCCGUGGCUCACUUGAGGACGAUGGCCAAUCAGGAGCCAGCAGGGCCUGCCCACUGUUACAGGAAGCUGCAGAAAAGGGAGGGGAGGAAGAAGAGGAUGAAGACACCUUCAUCAACAUGUGACCCAAGGAGACUGCCUUCCCUUCCAGACAUCUCUCUUCUCCGGUCGCUGGACCGCGCCUUGCAGGGAUACAAGACGUUUUGGCAGUACCACUGGUACUAGCCCAUCCAUGGGGAAAUACACUGAUGCAGUAUAAGCAUUGCUCUUAGAGGUGCUGUCUGUGGAGGCUCUCUAUUUCAACAACAGCCUAUCUGAAUUUGUAUUGCGGUAUUGUGUUCUCCUAGCACCCAAUUUCAGCACUCUACCUCAGCUUGAUGAGCCACAGCACGCGUGGCUGUGCCCCAUGCCACUGCCAUGCCAGUCCUGAACUGCAGAGGAUACAUUUAUACCACAAGCACGGGGAUAUCAGCACGGGGGGCAUGUCUGUUAUUCAGCAUGCUCACAGGGACUGGUUUGGAAUGUGGCUUUGAUUCCAUUCCAAUCCAGUGCUGUGCUUCUGAAGUUCAGGACGGAGCUUCCCUAUUCAAACAAUACUGCCACCCAGACAUGAUUCAGAACAACCUUAAACUGUCUGAAAUCAUUUUAGAUUUCUAUUGUUGUUUGGAGAACAAGUUUAGUCAAGACAGUUACCGAUCUUAGGAGGAUGUCCUUACACAUUGUCCUUACUGAGACAUCCUCCUGCAGUGAAUAAAACCUGCACAUCACGGGCGAUCAUUCAGCAUCCUCGAUAUAUAUUUGUAUCUAUAGACACAUUGUUCACGACUGCGCGUCAACACAGUGUUUGGGUUUAAACUUGCAGCACAGAGAUGUCAUUUACUGAACAUGUAUUGCACGCAAUCACUUUCAAAGUACUGAAGAGAAAGGAAACUUAAUGAAUCUGUUAAAAAAAUACAGUGAGAAUUACAAGAACAUUGAAGCGAAUAAGAAACGUACUCAAACGUUUAUGGAGUUUUUUUUAUCAUUGCAAAGUUUCUUCUUAGUAUGUGAAUGUUUUUAUUAAUAGACAUACUGUUUGUUCUGUAUAUUAAUUAUUAACAGAUGUUUUGAGGGGGGUAGUUUUUUGUAUUAAAUUAAGACGACUGUUAUUUACCAUGUGGGGAACCAGCAAUGAUGUUACUGGGCAAAUUCAAGUUAUUUGGGUUGUGUUUGUUUUAAUGUUACACUGUAAAUUGGACCAGUUUCCUAUAGUAUAUUAUGUGUUCUGUGUUGUGCCCUGAUUGUUAGGGACUGAUCAUGGAGUCUAUACAAACAGCAGCUGGUAGUUUAGUGAACUGAAGCAGAAUUGAGAGCCGUGUCUCGGGAUAAGGGUCUGCACUGCUUCCAUGCUACUGUCGCUUUGGUUUUUACCAUUUAUAUGUUGUUGUUGUUUUUGAAACAUUUAUUUUACUAGGACAUCACAUUGGGAUUAAAAUCUCUUUUGCAAGUGAGACCGAGCCAAGAAAGGCAGCAGCAAUACAAUAUAACAUAUUACAAUACAGACGUGCAAAUACAGAAAGAAAAUUCAUUCACAAGUCAGACUCAAUACUAUAAACAACCACUUAGUGACAGUCAAUACAGGUGCAAACUACUUCAAACAAGCACAGCUCUCCAUUCGAUAACCAUGCAGCUUACUCUUCAACUGUACUACAAGUUAUCUGGGACUGCAACUUAAGUUUAGACUGUAAGUCAUUCCAAGACCAAGGAGCAAAAUAAGCAAAUGAUCAUAUUGUAAUAUGUAUGGAGCAGAUCAAAUAUAUUGUUUAGUUGAUUUAUUAAACAUGAGCCAAUAAAUAAUGUGGGAUAUUGGAAUAC